AUGGCGUUUAUUGGUUCUGUUAUCUUUGGAGUUACUACAAGACAAGAUCUUAAAGAUGGUGUGAUGAAGAGAUGGUAUCUGAGACCAGAUAGCUCCAGAAUCUUCUUUGACCCCAAACGAGCUCCCGUGGCUGCGGUCUAUCACUUUCUAACGGCGAUUAUGCUCUACAGUUAUUUCAUUCCUAUAUCUUUGUAUGUCUCAAUAGAGAUUGUUAAAGUCCUUCAGAGCAUCUUCAUCAACCAGGAUAUACACAUGUACUACGAGGAAGCUGACAAGCCAGCUCGUGCUGUAAUGUCCAGCGACAUUGCGAUUGCUCAAUUUAGAUAUCUGGAACGUUUGUUACUAGUCCAUGGACAUUGGUGUUACAGGCGUAUCUCGACAAUGAUUUGCUACUUCUUCUACAAGAACAUUACAUUCGGUUUCACGCUCUUCUUAUAUGAAACAUACACAACAUUCUCAUCGACACCUGCAUACAACGACUGGUUUCUAUCUCUUUAUAAUGUCUUUUUCUCAUCCCUUCCGGUUAUUGCUCUUGGUGUCUUCGACCAGGAUGUCUCUGCACGGUAUUGUCUAAAGUUUCCGCUCUUAUACCAAGAAGGUGUGCAAAAUGUUCUAUUCAGCUGGCGCAGGAUACUUGGCUGGAUGUUCAACGGAUUCUACAGUGCAAUAAUCGUUUUCUACCUCUGCAAAAGUUCUCUCCAAUCUCAAGCUUUCAACCACGAUGGGAAAACUGCAGGAAGAGAAAUCCUAGGGGGGACAAUGUACACUUGCAUUGUGUGGGUUGUGAAUUUGCAGCUGGCUUUAGCUAUCAGUUACUUCACUCUGAUCCAGCACAUUGUCAUUUGGAGCUCCAUCGUUGUUUGGUACUUUUUCAUCACGGUGUACGGAGAACUUCCAGCAAAUAUAUCAACCGGUGCAUAUAAAGUC